AUGUCUGGCGAGGAAGAUCUUAUCGACUACUCUGACGACGAGGGUCUUGAUACCAAAGUCGACGCAACCACCACCGCCGUCAGUGGUGAUGUUGCUGCUAAAAAGUCAGAUGCGACUGCUUCCGCAGCCGCUGGAGCCGGAGCCACUGCUGCCGACAAGAAGGGUUCUUAUGUCGGAAUUCAUUCGACUGGUUUCCGAGAUUUCCUUCUCAAGCCCGAACUACUCAGAGCUAUCGUCGACUGCGGUUUCGAACAUCCGUCCGAGGUCCAGCAAGUCUGCAUUCCUCAGUCGAUUCUUGGAACAGAUGUUCUUUGCCAGGCCAAAUCCGGUCUUGGUAAGACUGCGGUCUUCGUCCUCACGACUCUUCAACAAGUCGACCCUGUCCCUGGCGAGGUCUCAGUCCUGGUCAUGUGCCACACCCGUGAAUUAGCAUACCAGAUCAAGAACGAGUACGCGCGUUUCAGCAAAUAUAUGCCUGAUGUCCGCACUGCAGUCUUCUAUGGUGGUACCCCAAUGCAAAAGGACGUGGAGGUAUUGAAGAACAAGGAUCAACACCCCCACAUCAUUGUCGCGACCCCCGGUCGAUUGAACGCGUUGGUUCGUGACAAGCACCUGAGGCUAGGGAGCGUCAAGGUGUUUGUGUUGGAUGAGUGCGACAAAAUGUUGGAGCAGAUUGACAUGCGCCGCGAUGUACAGGAAAUCUUCCGUGCAACUCCUCAGCAGAAGCAAGUUAUGAUGUUUUCUGCCACUCUUUCGCAGGAGAUCCGCCCGAUUUGCAAGAAGUUUAUGCAGUCUCCUCUGGAAAUUUAUGUAGACGACGAGACCAAACUUACCUUACACGGUCUUCAGCAGUACUACGUGAAGCUUGAUGAAAAGGAGAAGAACAGGAAACUGAACGAACUAUUGGACCAGCUCGAGUUUAACCAAGUUAUCAUCUUUGUCAAGAGUACCCUGAGAGCAAACGAGCUCAACAGACUAUUGACGGAGUGCAACUUUCCCAGCAUUGCUGUGCACAGUGGAAUGGCCCAGGAAGAUCGUAUUGCACGAUACAAGCAAUUCAAAGAGUUCAAUAAGCGGAUUUGCGUCGCUACAGAUGUCUUUGGUCGUGGUAUUGAUAUUGAACGUAUCAACCUUGCUAUCAACUAUGAUCUUCCAUCCGACCCCGACUCUUACUUGCAUCGUGUUGGUCGUGCCGGUCGUUUCGGAACCAAGGGUUUGAGUAUCUCCUUUGUGAGCUCAAAGGAGGACGCCGAGGUCCUUGACAAGAUUAUGGAAAGGUUCGAAGUCAGCUUGGACCCGUUCCCAGAGGGCGGAAUUGAUGCCAGCUCUUACAUGAACACUUAA